AGGCAAAACAAAACCUCAGCACAACACGCCACAAACUUCUUUAUUAAAAAACAUAAAAAAAAAAGUUUCAAAAAACAACAACAUCUUUUUCCUCGAAAUCCCCCUCUCUCUAAAACCUCACCCUCUGAUUGUGGUUGUGGUGCGAAUCUCAAGGGGGGGCAUUUUGGAUCUGAGGUGAGGUUUUGAUUGGAGAGGGGACAGACAGACAGACAGCACAACUCCUUUUUAGGGUUUUAUACAAUGGCCACGCCCUUUGCCAUUCCCCUCACUGCUGCUCAGGUUGGAACUUACUUUGUGGGGCAGUACUACCAUGUACUCGAGACUAAGCCAGAGUUGGUGUACCAGUUCUACUCUGAUGCCAGUACCAUGCUACGCAUCGAUGGCAACGCUAGGGACACUGCUACAGCAAUGCUACAAAUCCAUGCACUUGUCAUGUCACUCAGUUUUACUGGAAUCGAAAUCAAGACAGCACAAUCCCUGGAAUCUUGGAGCGGUGGUGUUCUUGUGAUGGUUUCUGGAUCUGUGCAACUUAAGGACUACAAUUUGAGGAGGAAAUUUAUGCAGACAUUCUUCCUUGCACCCCAAGAAAAAGGCUUUUUUGUGCUCAAUGAUGUUUUUCACUUUGUUGAAGAGGAGCCAGUUCAUCGUCACCAAGGGGUCUUUUUAGCUCAGGGCAAUCUUGAUUCAAAAUUGAAUGCUUCUAACACAAUUAAUAAACCAGUGUCCAACUACCUGCUGCGUGGAGAUAUACAGGCAAGGGAGUUUGUUGCUACGAACAAGGUCAAAGAAAAUGGUUUAGUUGACAAUUAUGGAUUUUCAGAGCAACAAAUGCAGCGAGUCCAUGAUUCUGAACAUAUUCAAGAGGAUGAUGUUGCUGAAGAGUCUCAUGGUUCACUUCAAUCUACUGUGAAUGCCGUGCAAGACAAUGCACCUACUUCUGCUGAAGAACCUCCUGAGGAGCCCCAAAAACAUACUUAUGCCUCAAUCUUACGGGUUGCUAAAGGACAAUCUACACCAUCUGUAGCUUCUCAGACAUCUCAAAAGAAUGUGUCCUCUUUGGAGUGGGAUCAUACUCCACCGAAUAAUAGUCAGCAAACAACUGCAUUGACUAAUGCAUUCGAAAGGUUUGAAACUGAUGCAGUGGAGGAGUUUCCCACAACAGAAGAUGAAGAUGAAAUCAAAUCUGUUUAUGUGCGGAACUUGUCAUCUACUGUGUCUGCUUCUGAAAUUGAAGAGGAAUUCAAGAAUUUUGGUAGGAUCCGGCCUGAUGGUGUUGUCAUAAGAAGUCGCAAGGAUGUGGGAGUUUGCUACGCAUUUGUUGAAUUUGAAGAUAUGACUGGUGUUCAUAAUGCAGUCAAGGCAGGAGCUGUUGAGGUAGCUGGAAGACAAGUAUACAUAGAAGAGCGGAGACCAAACAGUUACAUCCCUUCCCGAGGAGGAAGGAGGGGUAGAGGCAGGACUAGCUAUCAAGCAGAGACACAAAGAGGGCGUUUUGGUUCAAGGAGCUUUGGCAGGGGAAAUGGCCAAGAUGGAGGUGAAAGGGAAUAUAACAAACCCAAAGGAAAUGGUUUCUAUAGACCCAGUCCAAGUCCACGCCUAGAGAGGGGAUAUUCGGGGCAUCAAGUGCCAAGAAGCGGUCUCAAUGCUGCUGAAUCAACAUGAAAUUUUAGCAACAGAAUCAAAUUUUGAGUCCAGAUAUUUCAGAUCUAAAUAGUCAGUUUCGAUAGAUAUUAAAAACCAAAUAUUGAUAUAUUUUUUUAUGUCUUAAAUUAAGAUGUUCUAAAUGAAUGUUAUAUUUUUGUUUUUGUCUAACGGGCUUCUUUCAUUUGUUUAUUCAGGAAUCUCAUGUUUA